AUGAGGCAAACAAUUAACAAAUGGGACCUCAUGAAACUUCAAAGCCAUUGUACAUUAAAAGAGGCCAUCAGCUCCUCCUCCCGCGGGCCGCGGGGUCCGCGCACCCGCCGAGGGAGGCCUGAGCAUCUGCCCGCAGGUGUCCGAGGCGAGGCGAGGCGAGGCCCCGCGGGACAGCCGGCUUUGACCCCAUGGUGGGUUUCGGGGCUGCUGGUGGUGAUCGUCAACCUCGCGUUCAACUGCUGGAGCAUCUCCUCCCGUCACGUUCUGCUUCAGGAGGAGGUGGCCGAGCUGCAGGGCCAGGUCCAGCGCACCGAGGUGGCCCGCGGACGCCUGGGGAAGCGCAAUUCCGACCUCUUGCUCAUGGUGGACACACAUAAGAAGCAGAUCGACCAGAAGGAGGCCGACUACGGCCGCCUCAGCCGCCGGCUGCAGGCCAGAGAAGGCCUGGGGAAAAGAUGUGAGGGUGACAAGGUUAAACUACGGAACAACGUAGCUUAUCAGAUGGCAGAUAUACAUCAUUUAAAGGAACAACUGGCUGAGCUUCGCCAGGAGUUUCUUCGACAAGAAGAUCAGCUUCAAGACUAUAGGAAGAAUAAUACUUAUCUUGUGAAGAGGUUAGAAUAUGAAAGUUUUCAGUGUGGACAACAGAUCAAGGAGUUAAGAGCACAACAUGAGGAAAAUAUUAAAAAGUUAGCAGACCAAUUUUUACAGGAACAAAAGCAGGAGGUCCCCAAGGUUCAAUCAAAUGAUGGAAAAGAACUGGGUAUAAAUGAUCAUGUAAUACCUAACAAUAUUCCAAACAUAGCUGAGAAUGCUGCAAAUGAGGAACCCUCAAGUAAUCAUAUUCCACAUGGGAAAGAACAAAUCAAACGAAUUGGUGAUGCAGGCAUGCCUGGAAUAGAAGAGAAUGACCUAGCAAAAGCUGACGAUUUUCCCGCUGCUUUAAAGAAGCCCCCUGUUUUAGGUUCUCCACAUGAAAGUCAUCAAGCAAUCUCCCAUCUCCCAACUGGACAAUCUAUUUCAGCAAAUAUGGCUCCAGGUUCACAUGUAAACCACAAUGGAAAUCCUGAUAUGUCCAAACAGAACCCUUCCAAUCCUCUUCAGCACUUAAUUCCAGAUUCAAACUUGGUGAGAGAACCCAAAAUUCAAACAGAUGUACUGAAGCAGCCCACCAAGGACAGAGUCAGUGAUUUCCACAAAUUGAAGCAAAGCCGAUUCUUUGAUGAGAAUGAAUCCCCUGUUGAUCUGCAACAUGGCUCUAAACUGGCGGAUUAUAAUGGGGAUGAUGGUAACGUAGGUGAGUAUGAGGCAGACAAGCAGGCUGAGGAAGAAGAUGGUGAUGGUGGAGAGGAAGACGUCCAAGAGGAAGAACGAGACCUUCAGAUUGAUCCUGCAGACUAUGGAAAACGUUUCAAUGAUGUCCUUUAACGCCUAAAGUAAAACUUCAGAAAACCAAAAGUGCUGUAAAAAUGGAAUAAUUUCUACUUUGUCAACUUUAACUUUUGUUGUAAAGAUCAGUUGUAUCAGUUGUAAAGAUACAUUGUGAUAGAUUUAAGGAAAAACUUUAUUGAAGAAGUGUACCUAUGCACAUAAGGGAACUUUUUCAUGCUGUAUUGUCAAAGCAGAAAUGUUUUUGGUUAUGACACAGUGGAACCAAAAACAAUUAAUCUUUGCAUUUAAAGCAAACUAAUGUAUAUGCCACAUUUUAUUAAGCCCAUUUUUUCCCCACAGAUAGAAAGGCAGGAUAGAGUGGUUGUACAGAUUAUAAGUUGCACAUAGCAUAACCAUGGUGAGAAGUUAUUCAGCUGAAAAAUUGUUAUCCACUAAUAUAUUCUUGUUAGCCCAACAGAUGUUCUGUCUACCCUCAUUUAAUGCUCUUCAAGGAGUCAUAUUAGAAUAGUGACAGAAAAGAGGGG